AAAUUAAUAGCAAUAUUUUAUUUACCCAAGUCUGUUGCUGUCAAUGUUUUAGAUUCUCAUCUGUUCUAAAUUUUCUGAUAUAAUAAAACAAAACAUUUCCACCUUUUUCAGUGUCAAUAAAUAAAAAUGUAAUUUAUGACUUUAUAACAAGCAGUAAAUUUUUUAUCUCAACUUGAUGUGUUUGUUUAGAUAUUAAUGAACAUUAUAAUAGAAAAGCUAAAAAAUGUCUUCAAAGCCAACUGUCGAUCUACGAGCAGAAUUAGCUGAACUUGUCAAAAGAAAAGCAGAAAUUGCUGAUACUUUAGCAAAUUUAGAAAGACAAAUAUACGCUUUCGAAGGCAGUUACUUGGAGGAUACACAAUUAUAUGGCAAUAUAAUUCGAGGAUGGGACAGAUAUUUAGCGAGCAAUAAAAAUACAAACAGUAAAGCAGACAAAAGAAAUAGAAAAUUUAAAGAAGCUGAGAGAUUGUUCUCGAAAUCUUCAAUUACUUCUAUGGCAGCUGUUAGUGGUUUAGUGGAUACAACGCAAGAAAAAAUUGAACGUUACAGUGAAUCGGAAUCACAAAUUGGCAAUAGUGGCAGUGAGGAUAAUUGCAAUUUUACUAAUUCAAAUGUAAUUUCUGGUAACAGUAAAGAAACAAGUGGUAAAAAUCAUACUUCCGGUUCAAGUAACUACUCACAAAAUGGAACUCUCUGUAGUUUAGAUGCCAAUACACAAUUUUCAAAUGGACCAGUGACAAAUGGCAGUUUAGAUAAUGUUAUUGUUCCAGCGAAGGAUAAUCUCACCAACAGUAAAGACACAAAUAAAGUGCGACCAGGAAAUAAUGCCAAAAAGAACAAUAAUAAAAGAUCAAGAAAUAGAUAAUUAUAGAUAGUGUUAAUCUUAUUAUAUAUAUAUAUUUACGAU